GAAAGCUGCCACUUCGCUGGAAUAAGAGUCAUGUUUAUGUUUCGCACGUAGUCGGUCUAUUUGAAAAUUCCAAUUGGGGACAUGUGGCAGCCUGCCAGCCAGAACAGCCCCAAACAGACCCUGGAACCAUUUUGCCACUUCCACAGUACGGUCAUACUGGACGCAGAUUCCAGCAGUAAAAAAAAUGCUCGUCUUAAGCUGUCCCACUGUUUUCUGUUAGUUUUCUGUUAAAUCAAAAGUGCUCCCCUCGCGAAGUGCGAAAAACAACACAAACGGGCGGCUCCACUCGGAAUAUUGAAACACAAUCGACCCAAAUACUGACACGCUGCAGUGUACUGUGACCGUUAUACCGUAAUUGUAUCGUAUCGAUGUGUUGUGAUUGUUUGUACAGGUGCAAAAUCGAUCUACAGAAUUGAGUCAAUUGGGCGAAAACUGCGACUCCGAGAAUACCAGACAUUACUCUGCUGGCCCCGAUUGUUGUUAUUGGAAAAUGUUCGGUCGGAAAAAUUGUGCCACCGCUUCGCUGUAGUGUGUGUGCGUGUGUGCCGUGUGUGUGUCAGCAAUUUAAGUUAAUUAAAAGCGUUAGCUAACUCUCGAUUUCGCCGCCCCCGCCAUGAGUAACUAUCAUCCGCAUCCGCACGCGCUGCCCCAUCCCCAUCCGCAGCAGCUCCAGAAUCAGCUGCAGAAUCACCUCCAGAACCACAACCAGAACCAGCUUCCGCCUCCGCAGCAGCGCCACAAUCCCACGCCCAACGCCGCCAGCCUCCAGUUGCAAUCCGGUGGAGCAUCCUCCUCUUCGGCGGCAGCCGCUUCCUCAUCCAUUCUGGUCGCCCAGCCGCCGCAGCCGCUGAUUAGCAACUCGCUGGCCAUCCGCCAGGAGAUCCAGCGCUUCGAGAGCGUCCACCCAUCCAUCUAUGCCAUAUACAAUCUGAUCGAUCUGCUCCCGCAGGCCGAUGCCCAGAUAGCCCAGUCCAUUCGUGACCAUGUGGUGUGCAUUGAAGAUUCGUUUGUGAACAGCCAGGAAUGGACGAUCUCGCGCUCCGUUCCCGAUCUCCGGCUGGGAAUCGUCGGCUCGCUGAACUCGGGCAAGUCGGCCCUGGUGCACCGCUACCUAACCGGCUCCUACAUGCAGGAGGAGUCGCCCGAGGGCGGCCGCUUCAAGAAGGAGGUAUUCAUCGACGGCCAGAGCUACUUGCUGCUCAUCCGGGACGAGGGUGGAGCCCCCGAAAUGCAGUUCGCUGGCUGGGUGGACGCGGUAAUCUUUGUAUUCAGCCUCGAGAACGAGAGCAGCUUCAAUACCGUCUACAACUACUACACGAAAAUGGCGCAUUUUCGGAAUGGACAGGACAUACCAAUGAUACUGGUGGGAACGCAAGAUGCCAUUAGUGAGCGCAAUCCACGGGUGAUUGAUGAUACCCGAGCUAGGAAGCUGGCCAGCGAUCUGAAGCGUUGCUCCUACUACGAGACCUGCGCCACAUAUGGCCUAAAUGUGGAACGUGUCUUUCAGGACGCCUGCCAGAAGAUCCUGUCGCAGCGCCUGCCUUUGCCACCCCAGAUGCAGCCGCCGAGACCCACGACCCCGCAGGGCAGUCGCCUAGGAUUGGCUCCCUACCAGGCGACACCCACCAACGGACAGCGCAGCCAGCAGCAGCAGCUGCCGCUGCGGAUGAGCACGGACUUCACCCAGGCAGAGCAAAAGCUCUGGUCCCUGCAAUCCAGCGCAGCGCCGACGACGGCCACUACCAACGAGAACAACAACAUCACCAAAUACAAUCCUGCAGCAGCCAGUUCCUUGCUCCAAGGUGACUGCUCGCAGGUGCAGUUGAGGGACCCACGCGACCUGGCGCCACCGCCGGGCAAGGAGCUGCCCACGCCCACCUCGACCCCGACGACAAGCCGCAAGAGCCGACGGCGAUCCAACCUGUUCAUCCCGUCGUCCUCGAAGAAGGCCGACAAGGAGAAGGAGCCAAAGAGCAGCGAGCUGGGCAGUGGACGCUCCAUACCCAUCAAGCAGGGCUAUCUCUACAAGCGAUCGAGCAAGUCGCUGAACAAGGAGUGGAAGAAGAAGUAUGUGACGCUCUGCGACGACGGCCGGCUCACCUACCAUCCCUCACUGCACGACUACAUGGACGAUGUGCACGGCAAGGAAAUCCCGCUGCAGUAUGUCACAGUGAAGGUGCCCGGACAGAAGCCGCGGGGCUCCAAGAGCAUAAUCACCAACAGUGCGCUAACCAGUUCGCUAAUGGCCAAUGGCCAGAGGACUCAAAAUGCGCUCAGCGACGGCAUCGGUUGCCUGACACUGGCCAAGGACAAUCAGCGCAAGCUGAGCGAGAAACUGUCGCUGCUGGGCGCCGCCCCAGGGGCUGCUGGCGGUGGAGCCGAGCCCUUGAAGUCGAACAGCUCGCAGCAGACGAGCGGAGAUGAGGGCAUUGCCAUGUCCAACUCCAAUUCGCAGACCUUCAUUGCCGGAGAAGCGACGGCCACGGCAACCAACAAAUUGGAGGCCCAGACGCCGAACGUGAAGAAGCGACACCGUCGGAUGAAGAGCAGCAGCGUGAAGGCGACUGAGGCGGACGACAAUGAUGGCUACGAGUUCUACAUCGUCUCGCUGGACUCCAAGCAGUGGCACUUUGAGGCCGCCAACUCGGAGGAGCGCGACGAGUGGGUGGCAGCCGUCGAGCAGGAGAUUUUCAAGAGCCUGCAGAGCAUCGAGAGCACCAAGACCAAGCAGGCAACUAGCACGGACCUGGCCGCCAUGCUGGCCAUUCGCCAACGGGUUCCAGGAAAUGGAUAUUGCGUCGACUGUGGAGCACAAAAUCCGGAAUGGGCUAGCUUAAAUCUAGGAGUACUCAUGUGCAUCGAGUGCUCUGGCGUACAUCGUAAUCUCGGCUCACACAUCUCAAAGGUCCGCUCCCUGGGCUUGGAUGACUGGCCGUCUCCACAUCUCAGCGUUAUGCUGGCCAUCGGCAACAGUCUGGCCAACUCCGUCUGGGAGGCAAAUACGAGACAACGGGCUAAGCCCACAGCACAGAGCAGUCGUGAGGACAAGGAGCGUUGGAUACGCAGCAAGUACGAGGCCAAGGAGUUCCUCUCCCCACUCAGCAGCGGACCCUCUGCGCAUCCGGGUCAGCAGUUGAUCGAGGCCGUAAUUAGGGCCGACAUUAAGUCGAUUGUCUCUAUUUUGGCCAAUUGCCCCUCGGAGGUGACCAAUGCAAAUGUCAGUGCCCGGGAUGUGCGCACUCCGCUUCUGCUGGCCUGUGCCAUAGGCAAUCUGGCCAUAGCACAGCUACUCAUCUGGAAUGGUGCCAACAUCAAGCACACGGAUCACGAAGGACGUACCUGCCUGGCAUACGCCCGAGCAGCCCAAUCCUUGGCCACCGCCAAGUCAAUUAAGGCUGCUGCAGCUGCGCAAGCGGGCACCACGAUUCCCGCUCCGGCACCACCCGCCGCCAAUGGUGGCAUACCGGCUCCCCAGUACAACGUCGAGGACACGACUGCCUUGGUAGAGCUCCUGGAGGGGUUGGGCUGCCCCGAAGCAGCACCGUUGACUGCGAGCGGCACCCUGCCCCGGAGACGGGACACGCUGGGUACGCCCUACGAGAAAUCCGUGUCCGGUGUGAUCUGAAUAUAAAUAGUUCAAUUUUAAAUAAGAAAAUCCCGAAUUUCGGUAUGGAAAUUGUAAAAUGAUUUAGAUUUUUUGUUAUAUGUACGUAAUGCAAUUAGUUUAAAUUCGACCGCGGGAAAUUUGUAUAGCGUUUAAUAUGUAUAGACUUUACAAAUGUUGUGCAAAUGUUUUAUUAUUAUUUGGCAAACGUUGAAUGAGAAAAUUCACAAGUUUUAUUUAUGUUUCUUUUUUAGUUUGUUUAGUUGCUAAGUAAAACAAAAAACAAAAGAAAAACCUGUACAGUCUUGUUGUAAUCUCAAGUGUAUAAUUUAUUAUUUCGAAUUACGUAUUACUAUAUUAUUAUUGUUUUAAUC